AUGGGGCCUUGGAGUCGAGUCAGGGUGGCCAAAUGCCAGAUGCUGGUCACCAGUCUCUUUGUCUUGCUACUGGGCCUCGCUAUGGCCACCACAGCAGUGCUCACCUACUUCGGGCCUCACUUUGCUGUCAUCGGCCACGCAUCCUCAGAGAGGACCCCCUAUGAAGCUUUGCACCUCUGGGCCUUCUCCACAGGAAUCACCCUGGCCGCGCUCCUGACCCUGGGGGCUGUGCUGAGUGCCGCAGCCACUGUGAGAGAGGCCAGGGGCCUCAUGGCUGGGGCCUUCCUGUGCUUUGCCCUGGUGUUCUGCGCCCUGGUGCAGGUGGUCUUCUGGAGGUUCCACAACCCCACGCAGGUGGAGGACGCCGUGUUGGACGCCUACGAUCAGGUGUAUGAGCAGGCGGUGAAGAGCUCGUCAGGAGUCUGGCGGCAGGAGCUGGUGGCCAUCCAGGACAUGGACUGCCUGCAGGGGAUCAGGGACUUCCUGAGGAUGCACAGGAACAUCGCCUCCACCCUGAUCAGCCUCAGCCUCGCCUCCAUGGUGUACGUGAUGCCGCUCAGCGCCUUCCUCUGGUUUGCCAUCCACUCGGGCAAAUACACCCUGAGCCCACGGGCCCGUGGCUGCCAGCCCCGGGAGCCCCGCUCCUACAGACGCUGCCCGGAGGGGCCCGCCCCUCAUCACCCAUCUGAAGCAGAUGCUCUCAGGGGCCGUCGGGGUCCAAGCAGUCGCCCGGGUCACCCUCCGCUGCUCCAGGAGACCCACCCGCCUACACACAGGAGCAACAGAGAUGCUCCAGCCUCGGCCCGCACGCGAUCCUUCCCAGGAGGGGAUGAGCUGUUUUCCUCCACAUGGUGGUGGGAUGGGGAGGGAGGGGACCCCACCAGACAAGCAGCCUCCAUGUAA